AUGUCUAUAACCCAUGAAGAGGGAUCGAUGCUGAGCGACGAUUCUGCCUUGGCUCUAGUGAGAAUAUGUCUAACCCAUGAAGAGGGAUCGUCGCUCAGCGACGAUGUUGCCUUGGCUCCGAAGAUCGAUAGCCUUCUCGAGAUUCUGUAUAUUUUCGAUGAGAAUGCUAAUGAGGAUCAUGAGGUUAGGGUUUUUGUGAACGUUGAAGGGAAGAUUGGGAAGAAAAUGAAAGGGGCUAUAUUGUUCAAGGGAAAACCGAUUGGGUUGGAAAAUGUGAGGUUGUAUGUACAGAGUAUGGCGACAGGUGAUUUAGAGGUCAAUAGAGUGGAGUCGAAGAGCAAUCAAUCUGCUUCGCCUGCGGCAGCCAUGGUGACUGCCCCUACGGCAUCAAAGCCAACAGUGGCGGUGAAAAAGAAUAGUAGAGGAUUCAGAAGCCAUUGA